GGCAAUUAAAAAUAAUCACGCAGCCCAAAUUACGCCUUUAUUUACAACUGUACCUACUUUUGACAAAAUCUCCCAAUGCUGACCUUUUCUCUCCCUUUCUCUUCUCUCCAUGCAGACCAUAUUUAUGGAGUACGUCAUCAUUAAUAAACCGACCCGAAUAAAUCCCCCCAAUUUCACAUUAGGGCUCCGAACCACAGUUAUAUAUAUCUCUCUCUCUCUCUUUGCAAUCCCUGCAAUUCUUUCUGGAUUGGAGAAAUGCCGGCUACAGACUACCAAUCGUCGUUUUCCAGCUUCGGCCGUUCGUUUCUGAGCAUGCGCCGCCGUGAACAGACGGAUGAGACUCCCGAUGAACAGCUCGAAGCUUUCCAGAUACGAGUCGCCGAUCGGCUCAACGACUUGUUGUCCGCGAGUUCAGAUGACGUGCUCUCUCUUCCCUGGAUCCAGAAUCUGCUCGACGUCUUCCUCCGUUGCCUGGAGGAGUUCAAGUCCAUCGCCGUCGACUACAAGGCUCUCCUGAACAAGCCCCCUCUGGACAGAUUCGUAUCCGAGUACUUCGAGAGGAGCGUGAAGGCUCUGGACGUCUGCAAUGCCAUCCGAGACGGAAUCGAGCAGAUCAAACAGUGGCAGAAGCAGUCGGAGAUUGUGAUCUGUGCGCUGGAGAACCAGAGAUGUCUCAGGGAAGGCCAAUUCCGUCGCGCGAGGAAGACCUUAGCGGAUCUGGCGGUUUCCAUGCUCGACGAGAAAGUCUCCAAUUCCUCUCUCUCCCAGCGGAACCGAUCUUUCGGGAGAAACAGCAAUAAUGGCAAGUCAUCGCCGGGCCAUUCCAGGUCCCUGUCCUGGAGCGUAUCCCGGAAUUGGUCCGCCGCCAGGCAACUCCAAGCCAUGGGAAACAACUUGGCUCCUCCUAAAACCAGUGAGAUCAUUGCCUCAAAUGGGCUCGCUUUAUCCGUCUCCACAAUGAGCCACUUGCUGUAUUUCGUGAUGUUCGCCCUUGUGGCCGCAUUCCCCUGCCAAGACAGGGGCGGCCUCAACGCAAAUAUCAACCCGUCCAAGUUUUCCUGGUCUGCCCCACUCCUCGCCCUUCACGAGAGGGUUCUCGAUGCCUCGAAGAAGAGGGACCGCAAGCGGAGCUCCAACUCCAACUCCAACUCCUCUUGGGGGCUGUUGAAGGAGCUUCAGGAGAUGGAGAGGUGCACCAGAGGAUUGAACGAGUUGGCGGAAACGGCGGAGUGUCGUCCUCCGGCGGAGGGGGAGGUGAAGGGGAGGGUGGGUGAGCUUAGGGUGGCGGUGUCCUCUCUGAAGGGUGGAUUGGACCCUUUGGAGCGGCAGGUCAGGGAAGUGUUCCAUAUGAUUGUUCGCUGCAGGACUCAGGGGCUCGACUCUUUUGAUCGCUCUCUUAAGCCCAUUUAUCAUAAUGCUUAAUUUUUGGUUUUGUUCCUACACAACGCGGGGGGUUUUUUCCUUCUUUUCUUGCCUGAUCCAUAAUUAAUUACGGGUAAUUACGUACUAGACUGAUGUCAAUGGUAUAUGUGUUGUGUAAAGAUAACAGCAAAUAAACUUUUAAUUAGUUUCGAGUGAUUAAUGAGAAGUAAUUAAAUUAAAAUGACAUCUUAAACUUCUCUUGUUUCUUACUUCUAAUGAAGUUUUGAGUAUUGA